AUGAAUUUUCAACAGAGGCUGCAAAGCCUGUGGAGUUUAGCCAGGAGCCAUGGCUCACGCCUACCCUCCUGCCCUCCUUUGCUGGCGACGGCCUCUCAAAUGCAGAUGGCUGCGCUCCCUUGCCUGGGUUUUACCCUGCUUCUCUGGAGCCAGGUACCAGGGGCCGAGGGCCAAGAAUUCCAAUUUGGGCCCUGCCAAGUGAAGGGGGUUGUUCCCCAGAAACUGUGGGAAGCCUUCUGGGCUGUGAAAGACACUCUGGAUGCUGAGAGCUGUUACCUUGUCCACACCCUGCUGGAGUUCUACUUGAAAACUGUUUUCAAAACCUACCACAAUAGAACAGUUGAAGUCAGGACUCUGAAGUCAUUCUCUACUCUGGCCAACAACUUUGUUCUCAUCGUGUCACAACUGCAACCCAGUCAAGAAAACGAGAUGUUUACCAUCAGAGACAGUGCACACAGGCGGUUUCUGCUAUUCCGGAGAGCAUUCAAACAGUUGGACAUAGAAGCAGCUCUGACCAAAGCCCUUGGGGAAGUGGACAUUCUUCUGACCUGGAUGCAGAAAUUCUACAAGCUCUGA